AUGAGCGACUCCGAGCUCUCCUCGGUUUUGUCGUCGCCGCCCGCGAGCGACGACGAGGCAAAGGCCAUUGGGCCCAUGGACAAGUUCCUGCAGAAGUCGUCCUUGGCUAAAAGGAAGAUGACCGUCGCAACCACCGCGCAACCACCGAGUCCGCCUGUCAAGAGGAAGCGCUCACCCUCUCCACCGCACGAGGAGGUCCUGGCGGACAACCCCAUCAUACCCGUCCUCGUCACCUUCCGGGCGCGCUUGUCUGAGGCCUUCCCACCCAAGUGCCCUCACCUUGGUCCUCAGGAUAUCGAAAGGGGGAUUGUCGAUUCCGCUCCGUCUCCGCAGGUCGAGAGCCUCCUGUGUGCCCUCCUGGGCUUCGCCCUCAACCGCAAAAAGCCCGUCGAGAAGGGUCAUUACGGCCGCGCUCUCGAGGAAACCAUGUCAACGUACAAAUCGGAGUGGCCGUUGUCUUGGGGUGGAAUCAACCCUCUGUCUGGCAGUAGAUCCUUCAACGAUAUGAGCCCCCAGGACCGACUGUCUGUCCUACAGGCUAUUAUCCACUGGUGCCUCCACGGCUCGGACGUCAUUAAGUCAGUGAUCAAAGAAAACUAUAAACAGAGUCGCCAUGACGACGACCUUAACCAGCCGUUGUCUGUGCAGCCCUGGGGUGUGGAUGGCGAGAAGCGUCGCUACUGGCUCAUCGAGGGCAAGGACGACACUCCGUUCCGCCUAUACCGCGAAAGCAAUCCUUAUCACAAGAAGGUCCAAUUCCGGAGUGUCGCAGGUACUAUCGACGAGCUGCGGGAAGUCGCCACCAAGUUGGCACGGGACAGUACCCAGGCGUCGCGCCGGCUGAGCGAGCGGAUCAAUGCAGCCAUCCCUCGUUUCGAGGCUACUGAGGAUAAGCGCAAGCGCCGCGAGUAUCGCAUGCAGCGCAAGGCGCAAUUCGCUCGCCCUGAGCCUGGUUUCUCCCUGUACGAAGGACGCACUCGCGGAAAACGUAUGAAGUACACCUUCUCCGAUGAUGAAGAGGAGACCUCCGACGCGCUCUCCACCCGUCGCUCCACACGCCGCGGCUCGCCUGUAGACAGCAGCAGGCCCGUCAUCACUUCUAGCGGUCGUCAGGUUCGCUCUCGCUUGGGCGGUCUCUACGGCGAAACCCUGCUUAGCGGCCAGAACACGGAGCUAGAUUCCCCUGGGACCGCCGACUACGAGCGCUCGGAUGCCUCCGAAGGCGUGAAUGGUCGCGCUACUCGCACCGGUCGUAGCAAGCACGGUGUUCCUCAGCGGAGCAACAGGCAUAUCGAUGGUUACAACAGCAUCGAUGAGAUGGACGAUGAGGAAGAGGUGGACGAGUGGGACGGAGGUGAUGACGACGAGGACGAUGACUUAGGCCUCAACGACGAUGACGAGGAGUCCCUUGCUGAUGACGAGUCAGACGGCGACAUUUAUAUCAAACCCAAAGGCAGCCUUGUGGUCACACUGCGGAUCCCCACCGAACGCCUUGCCGCUGCGAGCAGCCCCCCUCCGCAGCCGCGUAGCCCGUCGGCUGUGAAUGAAGAGAAUAAGGACAGAAUGGAAAUCGACAGUGGCGUCAACGCUGUCACGCAGGCUACUGCGCAGACUUCCAUUUCCUCUGUGGAGACAUCCGCACCGUUCGUGGAAAGCAAGGCGCAGCCCACUGCACACAACAUCGAUCUGGCACCCAAACCUGUUUCGGGUGAGAUGAUAACUGCCGAGCCGAUCGCAAAGCUUCCUUCACCCCCUGCCAGCGUUACAGUAAAGUCCGAGCAGCCUGAGAUCAAUGAUAGGCAGGGAGUGCCAAGCAUGACAUCCGCAAUGGCUGCACCUACUACGAACGGUCACCCCAUUCCGCCGCGACAGUACCCUGUCCAAUCGGCGCAGUCCACAUCGCAGUGA